AUGGAACAAGAACCUAAUGUUGUGCAAGAAAAAACUCUUCUUGAAUACUUUUCACCCAUUUCAUCUAAUGCCCCAUCAUGCAUUGUUUUGCCCACUACUAAUGCCACUCAUUUUGAACUUAAACCAUCAAUCAUUCAAUUGUUACCAUCAUUUUAUGGUUUAGAAAGAGAGGAUCCAUACAUGCAUGUAAAAGACUUUUUGGAAAUUUGCUCAACCUUUCGUUUUCAAAAUUUUUCAGAUGAGUCGGUUAAACUUAGUGCUGUAACCGAGAGAGAAAAAGGAAGAUUUCCUAGCCAACCCAUCCCAAAUCCUAAAAGCCAAUAUGAAAUAGGAACUCCUAGUCAUAAAGAAGAAGCUAAGUCUAUCUCAACUCUAAGGUCCGGAAAACAAAUUGUCAAACCCGAUUACAUACCUCAAGUUGAAAAAGACCAAAGCCAACCUCAAAGUUCCAACACAAAUGACCUUUCAAAAGAUGAUGCUCAAAUCCUUCCUUCCAUCCCAAAAGCUCCUUUUCCACAAAGAUUAAUUCCACUCAAGAAAGGCAACCAAUAUAGUGACAUCUUAGAAGUUUUCAAACAAGUAAGCAUCAACAUUCCUUUCUUAGAUGCCAUUAAACAAAUUCCUGCCUAUUCUAAAUUCUUAAAAGACCUUUGCACUGUUAAAAGAAACACAAAUGUUCCCAAAAAGGCGUUUUUAACUGAACAAGUUAGCUCCAUAAUUCAAUAUAAAAGCCUUGUCAAAUAUAAAGAUCCCGGUUGUCCAACAAUUUCAUGCAUCAUUGGCGAUCAUUUUAUUAACAAAGCUUUACUUGAUUUAGGAGCUAGUGUAAAUUUACUGCCUUAUUCUGUGUAUAAGCAACUUGGUCUAGGAGAAUUACCUUCUCAUUGGUCUAAGCAUGACAAAUCUAAAUUUUAUUCUGAAGUGAAAAAUUUCAUGUGGGAUGACCCUUAUUUGUUUAAAUAUUGCCCUGAUCAAAUAAUAAGGAGAUGCAUUCCAAAUUGUGAGUCUUGCGAACGUUGUCAAAUGUUAGGAAGUGUAACUAGAAGAAACAUGAUGCCUUUGAAUCCUAUCCUUAUUGUUGAAAUAUUUGAUGUUUGGGGCAUUGAUUUUAUGGGUCCAUUUCCUAACUCUUUUGGUAACUUGUACAUUCUUGUUGGUGUUGAUUAUGUGUCUAAAUGGGUUGAAGCUGUUGCAUGCCAUACAAAUGAUCAUAAAGUUGUGCUUAAGUUUUUGAAAGAAAAUAUUUUCUCCCGUUUUGGCUCACCACGUGCUAUCAUUAGUGAUAACGAUACACACUUUUGUAAUAGAUCUUUUGAGCAUUUAAUGAAACAAUAUGGUAUUACACAUAAAGUCACUACACCUUAUCACCCACAAACUAGCGGUCAAGUUGAAAUAUCAAAUAGGGAAAUUAAGCACAUCUUAGAGAAAACUGUCAAUCCAACUAGGAAAGAUUGGUCCUUAAGACUCAUUGAUGCAUUAUGGGCAUAUAGAACUGCAUACAAAACACCCAUUGGAAUGUCUCCCUAUAGACUUGUGUAUGGAAAGGCAUGUCAUUUACCCGUUGAGCUAGAACAUAGAGCCUAUUGGGCAAUUAAGCAAUUGAAUUUUUCAUUAGACAAAGCGGGUGAGAGAAGAAAGCUUCAAUUAAAUGAGUUAGAAGAGCUUAGGCAUGAUGCAUAUGACUAUUCCAAAAAAUAUAAGGAUCGAAUGAAGAUUUACCAUGACAAAAACAUUUUGCGAAAAGAUUUUUCUCCCGGUCAAAAAGUCCUUUUAUACAAUUCUCGUUUGCAUCUCUUCCCGGGGAAGUUACGCUCUAGGUGGGUAGGUCCAUACAUUGUUCGCACUGUUUUUCCACAUGGACCCAUUGAAAUUGAAAAUCCUAAUAAUGGUAAUGUAUUCAAAGUGAAUGGACAAAAAUUGAAACCAUUUUUAGAAUUGAAAACUGCUAAAGUGGAUGAAAUCCUUCUUGAGGAUCCUAUUUACCAUGGUCCUUGAUUGCUCUCAUCAAUUUUUGGUAAAUGUGUGUUUUAUUUAUGUUUUUAGGUUAACUUAUUGUUUUGAUUUUUGUUUCUUUUUUGUUGCACUCUUGACAUGCUCCAUGAUGAGGUACGACCAUUCUAAACUCUAAACUCUUUCACGCUUCAAUUUAUAUUUGUAUUUUGAUACAUUGAGGACAAUGCAUAAAUUAAGUUUGGGGGUAGUG